AUGGCGGCCGUCUCGGUGGCGGCGGAAUGGCAGCUCCUCCACAACAGGUACUACCGGAAGCCGGAGCUGUACGCGAUGCGCUGGGCGAUUCGCAGCGGCGUCGGAGUUGAUCUUCGGCGGCACCGUGUGGCCUGCGCGCCGUUCGGGGGCCCGAUCGCGGCGAUCAGGGACGACUCGAAGAUCGUACAGCUGCACGCGGAGUCCGCCCGCCGCCGGCUUCGAGUUUUCUCCUCCGCCGGGGGUCUUCUGGCCUCCACCCCCUGGGACAGGCCCGGGGGGCGGCUUGUGGGGAUGGCGUGGAGCGACGCGCACGUUCUUGCCUGCAUCGUCCAGGACGGCACCGUCUACCGCUACGACGUCCGCACAGAGCCGGUGGGGGCUCAGUUCUCCAUGGGAAAGGAGUGCUUCGAGGAGAGCGUGGCGGAGUGUGUCUUCUGGGGGGGAGGAGUAGUGUGCAGGACCGAGGAGAACAAGCUAUUCUGCGUCCCCGAUCUGUCGGAGCCGCGGCCGUGUCGUCUGGCAGACGCGGGGCUCUCGGAGGCACCCCGUUGCAUGGCCGUGAUCGAGCCGCAGUACACAAUGUCGGGGAACGUUGAGGUGCUGCUGGGGGUGGCGGCGGAGGACGGGGUGCUGAUGGUGGAUGAGGAGGGGGUGCAACGGUUUGGCACUGGCAUUGGGAGGGUGACAAAGAUGGCUGUGUCCGGAAAUGGGAGGAUGCUGGCAGCGUUCACAGAUGACGGGAGGUUGCUUGUCAUUACCACCGACUUCUCCAGGAUCAUGUUCGAAUACAAUUGCGAGGUCUCUAUCCCGACUUCCCCAGCUGACUUCCGUUAUCCUGUACUGGUCUCCUUCCGUUGUCUUAGCUCAUACAGUCCGCGUUGAACAUGAGCACCAGAGGAAGAAAGCUUUGCUGACGCUAUGCUGAUGAUUAAUUUACUUGCCUGUUUUCUGGGGAAACAAGUUCUGAGUUCUAUCUUACUGCUGUUCUAGCCAUGUUUCUGCUUCCAAUAUUCGUUUGCGUGGGCUAGUUAAAUGUGCCGCCGAUGAAAAUCUCAAACCGAUAGGCUGACUUCGUAGUUUUUUUUUUUUGAAGUUUCUCUGUUGAGAAUCAUUUAUGUGACUUCUCACCAUUGCAAGAAUGCCCUUUCUUUCAUUUAUGUAUCCACUGAUGUCUAGAAACCACGGAAUAGAUGCUCUUUGGAUGGAUUUUUUUUUUGACUCUUAUUUUCUCUCAAUCUCGUGUGAUUAACCAUCACAUUCUUCCUUUGUUUCUUUCAGACGACGUUGCCUCCUGAGCAAAUGGCUUGGUGUGGAAUGGACAGUGUACUUCUCUAUUGGGAAGAGUCACUCUUGAUGGUUGGGCCUCAUGGGGAUCCAGUACAUUACCAGUACGAUGAGCCCAUAGUUCUCAUUUCUGAAUGUGAUGGCGUACGGAUUCUCUCAAAUUCUAGCAUGGAGCUCUUGCAACGAGUUCCUGACUCUACAGUAUCCAUCUUUCAAAUCGGAAGCACUGAACCAGCGGCCUUAUUGUAUGAUGCCUUGGAGCAUUUUGAUAGGCGCAGUGCUAAGGUACAUGUCUGUCCUUACCAGAUUGCUAUUAAUUCUUGCUACGUUUUAAAGAAAUGUCAUUUGGAGGACCUUCUCUAGUGAGUUAGCUUCCUUCUCUUGUGUUCCUUUUCUUUUUGUAUUUUCAGCCUGUGUCCUUUACUGAAAGCUAUAAUUUCUUUUUGUCUUAGUCUCAUUUUAUAUGGCAUUUUUUCCCAAACACUUGUUAAAUCUACCAGCCAGGUCAUCUAGAAUAGGCAGGCUGUGUGCUAUGCUUUAAAGUAGUUUCUUGCAGUUUAGAGGUGUGGUUUCAAGAUGAUUUAGGGAAUGACCUGAUUACGUGUACUAUUAGAGAAACCUUCUGACUCUUUAAGGAACUAAGACCAAUGAAAUAGCCGAAUGGAAGGAGUCAAUGAUGCCAUAUUAUUUGUAACUGAAAUGUAAACAUUUUGAAGUGGUUGCACAGCAAUGACAUCAUUUUUUGGUGUUUUGGGAGAUUCUCUUAAAGAUAAUAGAGGCGAAGGUGGGGCAUUGUCGGAUAUCUUAUACGGCAUGUAAAGUUGAUAAAGGGAGGCAUAAUUGUACAUGCUAGAUGGCAUUAUUUCAUGUUGGAGUCUUGAACGACGUUUUUGCACAAUUCUUUAAGGGAAGGCCAAUGAUUAUUUGUUAUGAUGAAGAAAUUAGGUCCGAAUAAUGAAGAAGAGAUCGGUAAAAUGGUUCUAAUUUAGUGAAAUUCUUGGACAAGACUGUAGAUCCUUAACAAGUUUGUUGGUAGCUCUACCAUUUUUGUAAAGCCAAUUUCUGUGAAUAUCGUGAUCAGAUAAAUUCUGAGAAUUUAACCUUCAUAUUGGGUUUUAGGUGGCAUAGCUUCAUUGUAUUGAUUUACUGAAUUGUCAUUUGGCAGUAGUUCACGUUCAUCACCUUUUCUCUAGUUUGUAUGUACUUACAUUUCCCUCUAAGUAAGCCAAUCUGGGCCACCUAUUUGUUUUCGUUUUUUUCCACUUUUGUCUAAUUUUAGUAACUAGAAGAUUGAAUGACUUAUAUGUGUAACCAUUUUUAAUAGAAUUCACUGUUAUGUAAAUGUCAUUCAGUUUCUUUUAUAUGAUGGAAUGUUUGGAGUUUUUUUUUAUUAACCCUGUCUAUACGUUCCCGGGGAACAUGGGAGAAUUACUGGUGGAAUAUUUCAAAUGACAGGCUGAUGAAAAUUUGCGACUCAUUCGCUCUUCACUACCUGAGGCGGUGGAGGCUUGCAUAGAUGCUGCUGGACAUGAAUAUGAUACUUCACGCCAACGCACACUACUGAGAGCUGCUAGCUACGGACAGGCAUUCUGCAGGUUAGCAUUUAUUGUGGUACACAUUUAUGAACGUGUCUUCUUUGUGGGAGGAAAGAUUUUGUUUCUAUAGAAUAUUACCAGUUAAAUCCAAAUAAGGAUUCUUCUCUAGUUGAUAAUGACAUGAGUUGUAGUUAUGCAUAGCCAUUUUAAUUGAGAUGUAGAUCCAUAGUUUUACAAUAGUAUUACCAAUUAGCAGAAUAUGCAAUGGUCAAGGGGAAAAAUCAGUUUUUACGUAGUUAAAAGGAUUUGAUUAGACAGGGGUGUCAGCUGGCAGAAUGCAUGUAGGGCUUGUGAGUCUCAGCCAGGGCCUGAAGAAAAGCCGAGAAAGAUAUUUUGAGCUGAGAAAACCUUGUGCAGACCCAGGCUUGCCAGCUGCAUGCCUUCAGGUCGUUGCUAAACGGGACUGCUGGGGGAGGGGGAUCAUGUGUAGGUUACUGUCGUAAGCUAUGGUGCAACAAAGGUAGGGUUGUACAGGAGGACGCUAGGUGGCAUACAAUGGGAGGUGAGGGCUAAGGUGUGCCGGGAAAUGUGGGGAGUGGGUGUCACUUGAUGACACUGGCAGGGGUGGAGCAGAGAAAAGGAUGGGGGAGAGGCGGGUUUGCCAGGGCAGGGUGUUGUGCUUGAGGUGCUAAAGAAUAUGGGGGUGGGGGAGGGUUGGACAACUAAAUAAAGAGUGGGGUAGAGGUGGUGGAUGCCACAUGCCAUGGGAGCAUUAUACGAAGUUGGCUGGGCCUGUGGGUUUGUCUAGAACAUUGACUCCCAUAGUAGUACUAUUGUUAUUGUUCCCCACUGUUUAUAUCCUUCACAUUAUUAUGAAUGUAUUUUUCAUGUCCAUAAUGAUUUACUUAUACAGUGUAAAGAUCCAUGUCAGUAUUUUCUCUUCACGGAACUUCUGUUCGAAUGCCAAAAUUUAGAGCAAUCAUCCCUAAUAUAAUGCUUGGUUCACCAUGUAAUGUGAUAUUCAGGAAAAGCAAUUUAUCUACAGUGAAGUUCUGAUUGCCUUUCUGGAAAAUGAUAUUUAGUUGUCUUUGGCAGUCAGUUUCAGCGUGAUCACUUUCAAGAAAUGUGCAAGACAUUAAGAGUGUUAAAUGCUGUGCGUGACCCUGAGAUUGGCAUUCCUCUCAGCAUUCAACAAUACAAGGUCUUUAGACCAAUUAGUAAGCACAUCAAUUUGUUAUCAUAUGUAUACCAUAACAUUGACUAAGUGUUUGCUUGUUGCUGCAGUUACUCACACCAUCUGUUCUUAUUGGACGUUUGGUCAAUGCCCACCAACACCUUUUGGCAUUGCGGAUAUCUGAGCAUCUUAACAUGAAUCCAGUGAGCUUCUUAACAGUGAUGUAUUCUUUUCUGCUGUUGAAAUUUAAAUUUUAAUAGGCUUGGUGUUACUGUCUUUGUUUUGAAGGUUUUCGUGUAUUCCUGAGCAAUUCAUUAAGAUGAAGUUGCCACAGUAAUGAUUUGUGAUAACAUGCAUUCAACUCCUGGUUAUGUUAGUCGGUAGUAUCAUUACGUUACCAUCACAUGUGGGAUUGUUUAAUGCAACCAUUCUUAUUGGACAGAGACAUAUGGCAACAUAACAGCUAUGCAUGUUUUGUUGCAAAUGUUUUAAAGCGCAGAGGAUACAGUUGGGUGAAAGUUUAUGUACAUCUAUGCAUCAUACAGUAGGAUAUGAAAGAUAUAGGACAUAGAGUUGGUUCAAACAUAUGCUGUUCACUGUUCCUCUUGCACCGCAGCCUUUUUCCCUGCUGACCAGGAGUGUCAACAUCUCGCAGUACUUUAUGUACUGCUAUGCAUCAUAUGGUAGGAUAAAAGAUAUGAGGACAUAGAGUGUGUGGAAACUUACGUUGUUCACUUGUUCCUCUUGCACUAUACCUGUUUUCCCUGCUGACCACAAGUGUCAACAUCUCCCCCUAGUUUUCCUUUUCUCUUCCUAUCAAAGAAGAGCAAGUAGGGUGGUACAUUUUGUGGGUUUUUCAGAAUCAAUUUUUACUCCCGAAACAUUCUACUGUCGUGUAUAUUUCAUGCUAAAAGUAUUUUAUAUUCAGCCUUAAAAUUUAUUAGUCCAUCUUUAAAAAAAUCUAAUGUUUAUUUUUUAUUUUUAAGGCUAUUGGGACCUGUCCCGCGUGUCAGGUCGAUACGUAUGAGUUUCUUGGAUUACCGAGUUCAUAAAUGGUACCAAUUCAGUGCUCUCUCCUGAAAACUAAUGGGGCAGCUGUAGUAAAGCUUAACCAGUUGAAUGUGAACAAAUGAAGUCAAGAGCUACCGUCAUUAAGGUCUGAACUAUGGAGGACUUCGUUCGAGGUUGCUAGUGGGCAUCAAACAGCUGUCAGAUAGACACACUAGGUUUACAAUGUCUUAACUUCUCCUUUUUUUAAUGUCUGAAAUCUUUACACAAAUGGCACAAAUAUAAUCAGCAGUGUAUUCUUGCGCUCUUCAGCAAGAGCACGACUGUUGUGUGGUCCAUGUGUUGCUUCAAAGAUAAUGGGGACAAAAUUGAGAUCGAUUAUGAAGUGAUUGAGAUUGUUCAUGAUGCAUAUAUGGAUUGUUUCUGUUUAUGUAAGAAAUGUUGAUUUCAAUAAGUCAAAAGUUCGUUCUUAGUGAUUUCUAUCCCAAAAUGAAAUAAUUAUCUUUCUUACAGUUUACUGAGUUUUCCUUCUAUAAUGGUAGGCAAACAUAAAAAAUUUAGGAGAAUGCUCGUUGUAAAAGGAUGGCUGUGUCUAAAUUUUGAUUUUUGAAGCGAUUUUUUUAUGUUGAUAUCUCAGCUGGUUCCAGUUCUUUGGUGAGAACCCCAGGAUAUUCCCUUAGAACUUCGUUUAUGAAUUGCAGUCCUUUGGCGUCAAUUUUGUAGCCCAAAUCUUUGAAUGCGCUAUGAAGCACCAUACUCUUAAAAUAAACUUUAUAAGGAAUUUCCAGUCAUACAUUGAGAGUAAUGCUGAACUGAAGGAUAUGAUUCGUUUUAGCUUAUUUUCAGAGCAAAGUCGUGUGCAUGAAAAUUCUGGUUUUGGUUUUUUCUAACCCGUCUGUAGAAAACUACUAGUGUCUCGAUUUUCAGCCUUUUCCCUACCAUGAAGAAUCCAUAUAUUUUUAGAAGCUGAAUAGCCAUUUUCUGUCGUUUUCUUGUGCAGGAGGUGGUUAUAAUGCAUUGGGCUUGUGCAAAGAUAGCAGCUUCCUCGGCCAGUAAUGAUGCUGAUCUCCUUGAUAUUUUGCUUGACAAGGUUCAAAUUCCUCACCUGAGACUUAUUGAGAAGACAACACAUGUCGUUACCUAGUUUUGGGAAGAAAAGCUUUUGAUAUGAGGUUUUGGUUUUUUCAGUUGAAGUUAUGCAAGGGCAUAUCUUAUGCAGCUAUUGCGGCACAUGCUGAUAAUUCUGGAAGAAGAAAAUUGGCAGCCAUGCUUGUUGACCAUGAACCUCGUUCUUCUAAACAGGUUUUUAUUACGAAGCUGAAAUUUGUUUCUAAUUUAUUUUCUUAGGGAGAUAAGAGAGGGUAUUGAAAUUGUCUCCAUUCAAACCAGGUUCCUUUGUUAUUAAGCAUAGGAGAAGAUGAGACCACUUUCAUGAAGGCAUCUGAAAGUGGUGAUACAGAUCUUGUUUAUCUUGUUCUUUUUCAUGUGUGGCAGAAGGUAUUAAGCAUUAAAAUCCUGUCCCUUGUCUCACUCCUUUUGAUUUUGCUUGUUACAUAUGCCAUUUAACAUUGUUCCUCUCGCGUGUUGCAUAUUAGUUUUGCUGUAGAAAAUGUGCACGUGCCUGAUUUCUGUUUGUUACUGCAGAAAUCUCCUUUAGAAUUUCUCGGAAUGAUUCAUGCAAAGCCUUUGGUUCGUGAUUUGUUCAUAACAUAUGCACGGUAAUGCAUCUCAUCCCUGCAAUACUCAGAUUGACUCUUAUGAUUCUUGAUGAAGAUGAUCAUUGACGUUGAAUGAUUUCUUGCUUUCUUGUUUGUAGGUGUUAUAAACAUGAAUUUUUGAAGGACUUCUUUUUAUCAAUCAGUCAGCUCCAUGUAUGUAUGAAUUAUCGUCCUGUCUUAUGGCAUUAAAUUUCCUCGUUUUUUUUUAUGAAGUGACUUUAAAAUUUUUCACUUGGAUUAAUUUCCUCUGCCAAACUAGCUCUGCUAAGGACCAGAGCUCACAAGACUAAACAUGAAAAAUUUCCUAUGUGACAAUCCUUGCUUCGAAUAUAUGAAAAAAAUUUGGCACUCUUUCAUACGACUCCUAACCUAAUUCAUGAUUUAUUAUUUUUACAGGCCAGGGCUCCUAUAAUUCAUUUAUACAAUGUCAGAAGGAACAUGAUAACAAAGAUAUGUCACUUCUUAUAAAAGGGCACAGUUUCAUUCAUGUCUUAAAUACAAUGGACAUUAUAUUUCAGUCCCAUUCAUUCCUGAAAUUUUUCUUCAAAGUUUUCUUUCCGUUGUCCUGAAAUUUCUACUCUCAAACGCCUGGCCGCUUCUGUAUUCUAUGUUAAUGCUUGACUAAUGCAUAAAAUGCAUGCUUUCUCCUUGCUCUUUUUAUAAUCUUUUGAAAGCUUCUCUUGUAGGAUGUGGCCUACCUCUUGCUGAAAGAAUCAUGGGAAAUAGGUAAUAAUCUGUCGGCAAGCAAAGGAUCUGGAUCUCCUUUACAGGGUCCACGCAUAAGAGUUAUAGAGCAGGCACAUAAACUUUUCUCUGAGACCAAGGAACAUGCCUUUGAAUCAAAGGCCGCUGAAGAACAUGCAAAGUUGUUGAAGUAACGCACGAAAAACUGUAUUUAGAAUCAAACUUUUUUUUAAUAUCAUGUCUCAUUGUCUUUUCGAAGUAGAACCUGGCAGACAUGCUUUUAUUUAUUCAUUUCCAAGAAAACAUUUUGCUUAUUGCCCUUAUAUUUUUUAAUAGGUGGUCAUGUUCUGUUAGCGAUAUUCCUCCUUGAAUUCAUUUCUCUUUUAAAAUACAUUUUUGGACAGAAGGAUCUAGGAAUCAUCAUUUUUCAAAUUGUUUGAUUUGCAGAGUCAGGUGCCACGUUCGGCCCUGUUAACUUUUUACCGCAGGGCUCGUUCUUUUUCUGCUACGUUUACAACAUGGCCACCACUUUUUUAUUAAAUUUCUUCAACUCGCAAUUGUAGCUCCAACUGAGCACAUAUGCAAUUAUCACUAAAGCUUGGAAAGCCUUUUUAGAACUUCUUCAUCCCUCUUCCUUUCCCUUCUGUUCCUUGUUUUCUUGUUGCUCAGUCUCCCAAGUCUAAGUGAUACUGGGAUUUAGGAACCUGUCUUUCUGGCUAAGAGAUAGAGAAGCAUUCGAUUUUCUCGUUUCUUUUGGUUAAGAUGACUAGUUUGAGAGAGGAAAGUAGAAGCACUAGAGAAGACAAUUAUGUGCUAUGUGCUUUCACAUGAAAACAAAUUAUUCUAUUCCAAACUUGGAUUUUCUUGCGGCCAAGAUACUAUCAACAGUUUGUAUCGAAGAUGGCCAAAAAUGGUGCCAUGGAUAUCUGAGGAAGCCGGCAUCCAUUGCAAUUUCUUCGACAUCUGACAAUCCUCUGCCUGUCACCAAGAGAAGCAUUGAAACUUGGUCAUGGCGAAAAUCGGCUUAAUUUUUAGUGACAGAACUAGAAGAAUAGAGAAACGAUUUUCUUCGAAAAGUUAUCGUUCGUUAAUUUUCUAUAUAUUAAAUUAAAUGUAUUGAAAGGCUGAAAGUGUGCAUGCUUCUUUAAGAGGACCCCAUGUUGAAGUACGUGGGCCAGGGGUUUUUUUCUUUCUUUCUCAUGCACGGUCUCCUGUGCCAAAUUUUUCAGGGUCCAACAUGAACUAGAAGUGUCAACCAAACAGGCUAUAUUUGUUGACUCAAGUAUCAGUGAUACAAUCUGCACAUGUAUCGUGUUGGGUAACCACCGUGCUGCAACGAGAGUAAAACAGGACUUCAAGGUCGUUAGCGUUCCCUACCUGACUACCUUGCGUGAAUCAGUCGCAGGGUUCUUGUUAUUGAAUCUCUCUUUCAAUGGCUAUCUUCUGCAGGUUUCUGAGAAAAGAUGGUACUGGCUGAAGUCGUCUGCUCUGGCAACAAUCAGAGACUGGGAUGCUCUGGAAAAGUUCUCCAAGGAGAAGAGGCCUCCAACCGGUAGGGUUUAUGGUUUUCCCAAAUCCUUUAUUAUAUUCUGUAAUGCAAUUUUCACUCGGUAAUCGUCUCAAUAACUAUUUUCUUUGCUUCCGGAGUUAACUCUGAUUCCCCUGUUCAUCUCAAUAACUUUUCGCCACUUUUUUUUUCUUUUGAAGUUUUAUGACGUCUAAUGUUUUCAGCGACCUCCUUCAGACUCGAUCUUUAUAUGGUGACAAAAAUGUGAUUUUUUUUUGAUGUGGGGAUCACAGAAAUGGAUGAAUCUAUGUUAUCCAUCAUAAUCGUGGCUUGAAUGAUUGAUUACUUCCAGUUAAUUAUUCUCUGCAAUGGACAGGGUUUGGAGGCCGUGAUUCCUACCCACUAUAUUAGUCAACCUCUGGUUCAUGAUGUGAAUCAAGAUCUGUAGUAUUCACGAUGGCUUGGACGCAUCUUUACCAGCGUAGGUUUGAUUAAUCAGAAGAUAAUAUACCCUACUUUUCUGCCUUUUAAACUGUAUCAGUCACCAGAAACGGCAAAGUUACCUGAGAAGGUACCCUACUCGAGUCUUCUGAAAGCUUCAAACAGUCUUCCGUUCACAGUUGAAAUCACUUUCGCGAUGAAGAGGUCUCAAACUUCAGGACUCCUCCAGGCUGCAGUAGACAAUCAAAGAUUGCUCUAAAUUUGGAAGACUAUAGUUGAAGAGCCAAGAAUUUAAGGCUUGUUAUUUAGACAUGGGGGGACAAGUUGUCAUAGCCCGCUCCCAACUCUGCUAUAUUCCCUCCCACCAGCGUAGAACCACCCUGACAUGGCUUGUAAUGACCAGAUCAAAGCGUUCCUGGGGAGUUUUCUUUCCCAAUGCUUACUAUCCAGCAUUGGGCUUUCAAAAUUGUCCAUUUUGUUCGUCAUCCAAUGCAUUGAAAUCUCCAGUUGGUAUCAUUCGAACUCUUUGUUGAAGCAUGCACCCCUCCCUUUUCUUCUAGUCCCAUCAGGGUAGAACCCUAACCUUGCUUGCAGUGAUCAAGUCGAAGCAUUCUUGAUGAUAAAAGUGGCAAUUAUCUUUACACUACGACCCAUCAUUUUUGUUUUAUUUUCGUUUAGACUACGAUCCAUCAUUGCACUUAUAAAAAAGUCGUCCAUUUAGUUCAUCACCUGACGCAUCGAAAUCUCAAAUCAGGCCGAGCUUGCUGAUGAUGAUAAAAUGAGAGUUUUCUUUCCCGAUAUUCUAAUAUAUAUUUUUCUUUUCAUUCACAUGACUGCACGUCGUCGCGUUUUCAAAUCUCCCUCUUUAGUUCAUCAUCAUCAUCAUCAUCAUCAUCGUCAUCAUCUAAAGAAUAGUCUCUGAAAUUCCUAGGUUUCAAGCCGUUUGUAGAGGCGUGCAUCAACGCCGGCGAGAAGGCUGAAGCUCUCAAAUACAUCCCGAAGCUCACUGAUCCCCGGGAAAAGGCCGAGGUAUGAAUUCCCCUAGCUUUCCCCGGAACCUUCUAGCUAAGGACGCCGACCAGACGCGUUCUAGAUCUCUGAAGUUGUCAACUCAACUUCAUCUCCUCCUCCCUCCUGAAGUUAUGAUUCUCAUGCACGCACCCUCUUUGGCUGUGAGCUCCGAUGCUCAGAUUGCUUCUUCACUUUGGCCAGGCUUUCGACCGCAUCGGCAUGGCCAGGGAAGCUGCUGAUGCAGCGGCGGAGGCGAAAGAUGGGGAACUUCUCAGCCGAUUCAAGCUGUCCUUCCCCCAGAAUGUGGCUGCCACUCUUGAUGCGAUCAGGGAUCGGUUCCCUUUCCAGGGAGUCUAG